AUGGCGCGCUCGCGCGCGCGCUGCAACGUCUGCGCCGCCCCCAUCACCAACGUCAUCCGGGUACCCGCGACGGCCCUAGGUUUUCGAUUCCGCGAUCAAUGCCAUUACCGCUGCCGCCGCCGCCGCCGCCGCGCUUGGCAGUUUUCGGCUCUGUUGUCCCUGACCGUUUUGUUUGUUCCAACGGCCACGCAGGAGUACAAUGUUCGGGUCGAUACCACCGCGGGGAAGGCCCUUUCCAUAGCCAAAUUCAACACCGGCGUGCCGCCCUUCUCCAAGAUGAAGGGUGCGGGGAACAAGUGGUCUCUUCGUAAGGAUGGCCUGACGCAAGGCCGGCAGCUUACUGCCGAUAUGCGGGAGAAGUACUACAACAGAAAGCCAUGGAUAUUGGAAGAUGACACAGGUGAACAUCAGUACCAAAGUCAACUUGAGGCAUCACAAUCUGCAACUGCUACAUACUAUCUGCUGAUUAGGCGUGGCAAGGAGUUCGAUGCUGUUCCUGUUGGUUCAUGGUAUAACUUCAGUAAAAUUGCACAGUACAAACAACUGACUUUGGAAGAAGCUGAAGAGAAGAUGAAUAAAAGGAGAAGCAGUGCAACUGGGUAUGAACGAUGGAUGAUGAAGACAGCUACACAUGGAGCCGCCGCCUUUGGUUCGGAUCUGAAGGAUCUUGGUGAUGCAAAGGGCAAGGCGGCAGAUGGGGUCCAAUCCAAGAAAGAAAGUAGCAAUGAGGAUGGGAAUCACUCUGAUAAAGGCGAGGAGGACGAAGAAGAGGGAGUUGCAAAGAAAGCUGUGCGUGGGCUUUCUACGAGGGGUGUGGAUGAUGAAGAGGAUGGCGGAAAAGAAGACUUUGAUUUGGAGGAUGAGAUUGAGAUAGGUGAUGAUUGGGAGCAUGAAGAGACCUUCACUGAUGAUGAUGAGGCUCUGGAUAUUGACCCAGAGGAAAGACCUGAUGUAGCUGAUACUGAAAACCCUACUGGACCAGAUAUUAAGCAGGAUGAUGAUGAGAAUGAGCAAGGAGCUGGUGGUAACCUGAGCAAGUCCGGUAAGGAACUAAAAAAGCUGCUCCGCCGUGCUGAUGGACAAAAUGAGUCCGAUGACGAAGACGAUGGAGACACUGAUGUAGUGACCAGAACUUUUAAAACUUGUGAAGACGAGUCACCAUUGUCAGUACUUGCUCCAAAACUGGAACAUCAAUUCGGAAGUGAGCAACAGGAAAAUAACACUGCUAAACUAACAGCAACAGAACUUGCUGUUAGCACUCCACCUGCACCCAGGUCCAAUCAAAAAAGGAAAUCCGGAGGUGAUGGUGCAAAAACUUCGAAUCGUGCAGCGGUAAAAAAGCCGAAGGCAGAACCUGAGGCAAAAACAUUAGGUGUCAAGAAGGAGCCACCCUCUUCCGUGGAACCUAUUUCAAAAGCAUCUGCUUCAGCAGGGAGUGACACAGAUACAUCUGCAAUUACAGAGGAGGAAAUCAUAAGAGUACUUCGUGCAAUUGCUCCUGUCAGAUCACAAGAUUUUGUACCCAGGUUUAAGGCCAGAAUAAGAACUCCAGAGGACAAGAAACAUUUUCAUGACAUUGUGAUGAAAUAUGCGUACUCGCACAAGACCAACGGCGUCAGCUAUCUUCACCUUCGAAAGGAGUACGAAUGA